AUGAACAACGUGGUCAUUACUGGAGUCGACGUGUAUCGAUGGUACGUUCUUCCUGCAAUGGGAGAACUUAUUGGAACGGCACUUUUCGUAUUUUUUGUGAAUUUCGCCAGCGCACCAUCUUCAAUCAGGAUAAUAACCUAUCCAUUGAUUUCGGGUAUCUCCUUGUUCGUUCUACGAGGAUUCUUCAAGAAAAUCGCUCCUGGCCACUACAAUCCGGUAGUCUCCGUUUCCCAAUGUGUGAUGCGACGAAUCGAUGGGCCCACCACGAUGGCGUUUCUUGCAGUUCAAGCAUUUGGUGCUUUCUUGGGAGCUGUACUCUUCCGAUCGCUGGUCUCUGACUCAAUGUUUGAGCAGUAUUUCAUUGGAAGCUACUCGAGCAAUGAAGAGUCGAAGAACAUUGCUAGAUCACAGGGCUUCUUUCUCGACAUCAUUCUAUCGGCAGUGAUAUGCUUCAGCUAUAUGAGCGAAGAUUCUCGCGACUACAAUCUGCAAGUUCCCUUAUGCUGGAUGCUCGUGUCAUUCUUCUCAUACCCCUUGAUUGGACAAGCCGGAAAUGUGGCCCUUUCUUCUGCCAAUGCCGUUGUUUACCACAUAUUUACUGGCGAUGGCACCUCCACUAGACAUCUCUAUUUACAUUUUGCUGCGGGUCUUAUAGCUAUUGUGCUUUCGUCAUUUAUAAUGUGGCUCCUGAAGACACCAACAAAGCGAAAAAGGGUAGAUGACGGGGCAAAGGUAGAACAGCAGGAUAAAUCUAUUGAGAUUUAUUAGUUUUAGGUUUAAAAACCGCUGUCUUUCAAAACUUC